UGCGAGGCGGGCUCUCAGUGGUGCGGCCGGCGGGCGGCUAUGGCGGCCGUACGGGGCCUGCGAGUGUCGGUGAAAGCAGAGGCCCCAGCGGGGCCGGCCCUGGGCCUCCCGUCGCCUGAGACGGACUCUAGUUUGGAGCGUGGUGAGCCGGAGCCCAUGGAGGUGGAGGAGGGCGAGCUGGAGAUUGUGCCGGUGCGGCGCUCACUGAAAGAACUGAUCCCGGACACAAGCAGAAGAUACGAAAACAAGGCUGGCAGCUUCAUCACUGGAAUUGAUGUCACCUCCAAGGAAGCAAUUGAAAAGAAGGAACAGCGAGCCAAGCGCUUCCAUUUUCGAUCAGAAGUAAAUCUUGCCCAAAGAAAUGUAGCCUUGGACCGAGACAUGAUGAAGAAAGCAAUCCCCAAAGUGAGAUUGGAGACAAUCUACAUUUGCGGAGUAGAUGAGAUGAGUACCCAGGAUAUCUUUUCCUAUUUUAAAGAAUAUCCUCCAGCUCACAUUGAAUGGUUGGAUGAUACCUCCUGUAAUGUUGUCUGGCUGGAUGAAAUGACAGCCACACGAGCCCUUAUCAAUAUGAGCUCUUUGCCAGCCCUGGAUAAGAUAAGAAGCAGGGAUGCCAAUGAGGACAGGUCAUCUGAGAAAAGUAAAAAAGACAAGCAGGAAGACAGUUCAGAUGAUGAUGAGGCCGAAGAAGGAGAAGUUGAAGAUGAGAACUCCAGUGAUAUAGAGUUGGACACAUUGUCUCAAGUAGAAGAAGAGUCUCUGCUAAGAAACGAUCUUCGUCCAGCUAACAAACUUGCUAAAGGAAAUAGGUUAUUCAUGAGAUUUGCUACAAAAGAUGACAAAAAGGAACUUGGAGCAGCCAGAAGAAGUCAGUAUUACAUGAAAUACGGGAAUCCAAAUUACGGAGGCAUGAAAGGAAUUCUUAGUAAUUCUUGGAAGCGAAGGUAUCAUUCCCGUCGCAUUCAGCGGGAUGUGAUCAAGAAGAGAGCCCUGAUUGGGGAUGACGUUGGCUUGACGUCCUAUAAACACCGACAUUCCGGACUAGUAAAUGUUCCAGAGGAACCCAUUGAAGAGGAGGAAGAGGAGGAGGAGGAGGAAGAGGAAGACCAGGACAUGGAUGCAGAUGACAGAGUGGUGGUAGAGUACCACGAGGAGCUCCCAGCUCUCAAGCAGACCCGGGAGCGGAGCACAUCUAGGCAGUCCAGUGCCAGCAGUUCAGACUCCGAUGAAAUGGACUAUGAUCUAGAACUGAAAAUGAUUUCCACUCCUUCACCAAAGAAAAGCAUGAAAAUGACCAUGUAUGCUGAUGAAGUGGAAUCUCAGUUGAAAAACAUUAGGAACUCCAUGAGGGCAGAUACUGUAUCCACAAGCAAUAUCAAAAACCGAAUCGGUAACAAGUUACCGACUGAGAAAUUUGUAGAUGUCCGACAUCUGUUAGAUGAAAAACGUCAGCACACACGUCCACGGCCACCAGGCAGCAAUACUAAAUCAGAUAUACGCCAGCGGUUAGGAAAAAGACCAUAUUCUCCAGAAAAGGCUUUUAGUAGUAACCCAGUCUUUCGGAGAGAGCCUUUUUCUGAUGUACAUAGUAGACUGGGUGUUCCCAGGCAAGAUGUUAAAGGCCUCUACUCUGAUACUCGGGAGAAGAAAUCAGGUAGUUUAUGGACUCGCUUAGGAUCUGCACCCAAGACCAAAGAAAAGAACACGAAGAAGGUGGAUCACAGAACACCGGGCACUGAGGAAGACGACUCUGAGCUGCAAAGGGCAUGGGGGGCUCUGAUAAAGGAGAAAGAACAGUCUCGCCAAAAGAAGAGCCGCUGUUACCAGCACCCUUUUCCCAAGAAAAGUCAAUUCCCAGGUGCUUAUUGGACAGCCUUCGAGGGGGAAGAUGAGGGAAGCUGCCAGCUCACCCUUCCAGGACCCUAGUGUCGGGGCCGAAUCUCAUGGACCUGACUACAGAGGUGCACCAGUGCCGCCCAGGUAGAUAAGAGAUGCAGCGUCGAUCGUGCUUCCGUUCCUUCCUGGGGAUUUCUGUUAGGGGCCUCUUCGUAGCAAUCAGCUUGAAGUGAAGAUCAAGUUCAGUGCUGUGGGAUUUUUAGGAACAAAAAACUGUGACUUCUGGAUUUGGGGUGGACUUUUGUGCUAGGGGUGGGGUCAUGGGUUAAUGUUGAACAAUUUUUAAGUCUGUAUUAUGUUUAAAAAUAUUAAUGAUUUAAAAGUUAAAAUUUUUAAUUUUUAUAUGUGAAAAUACUUCCUGUUGGCUACAAGGGAAGCUCAAGUGGUGUCUUAUGUGUGCUGUUAAAUAUAUAUUAUAUACUUUGGAAGAAGGCAAAGAGAGGAGUCUCAUUAUUUUUAAAUGAUCCUAAUUGUAUAGUCUCUCUGUUGUAUAUAGAAUUCAACUUGCUUUUUGGCCACUGUAGGAAAAAAAAAAUCCAUCCAUCAGAGAUGGGGUCCUGUUGUUUAUUAUCACUUCAGAAGUGAUACGUUGGUAUUUAUUCUAUUUCCAAGUUCUGGCGCCUGAAGUUAUCUUUAAAACUGGCUAAUAAGAUCAUAGUUAUAGAAAUUUUAGUUUGUUUAUUUCUUGUUUGUUUCUAAACUCCUUUCAGAUUAUUUUAAAGGCAGUAGAUUAUUUUGUCUUCCUGUUUGAUCUCUAUCUUGAAGUAUUUAAUGUUUAUAUUCCUUUGCAGGCUUAAAAAUAGUGUUUCUCUUCAAUUCACUAGAAUUUAGGAGUUAGAGAUUGUAAACCUUUGUCCCUUUGUGAUGUCACAGCUCUUCACCUGUCUGGCUUGUUUCAGUUCCUAGUGUAGCCCUGGAUUCUAGAGAUCUUUACUUGUGGCUGAGCUAAUGGUCGCAUUGAUAGUUGGUUACAGUAUGGUGUGAUUGAAUGCAGAAUGCUGCUGCUAAUAAAGAAAAUAAAGGGCUGUGGCACUUAAGAGCUGCAA